AUGUCGACUUCGAGAGCGGGACGCGAUGAGCUCGGCGACCUCGCCCGCGUCCCCGAGAGCGUUCUCUCCGACGAGAUCCUCGCGCGUUUGAACACGACGGAACGCGCGGACUUCGCGUCGGCGUCGCGCGAGUGCGCGCGAGCGGUCGAGCGCGCGGGUCAGCUCCUGACGAUGACGUUCAACCUCGAGCAGGAUUUCGACGCGUUGCACAUCACGUCGUGCAAGUCCUUCUACCACGAACAAGUAGACAGAUUCGAGAACAUCACACCCGGCUGCGAGUACACGUACAACUACAACCAGCCCGCGGCGCUGAGACCGGGCGUGCGGUACUACAUGUACUGGUUCGGUGACAACGCUUCCGAUGCGCUCCUCGCGCGUAAAAUGCUCGAAGCGUCCAGGCACGAGGUGUUCGCGCUCUGGGAUCUCGCCUCCGACGACGGCGACGACGGAUCGCACUGCUUGCUCACGGACUACGCGACGCCCUCGGAGCGUCGAGGCGCAUUAAAUGUCGGCAACGACACGACGUAA